AUGCGCAAGCCGUGCAAGCACGGUGCAGUCGAGCCCUCCCGAGAACAGCACCGCAACUCUCGCAUCAGUAUGAGAGGCCUUUGGUGGCAGCGGCACGUCCAGAACUCGAAGCUUGAGCGACUCGAGUCGGGGAUCAAGACAGUCGACGGCAAGCUCCACGAGCGCCAGGUAGACUUUGCCCUCGCCUUCAUUCUCAAAAUCCAGACUCAAGACCUGAGCUAUGUCGUCGUCAAGGACAAGGCAACAUCCGAGUUCAACGAGUGGAAAGAUGAGUUCAUGAAGGGCAUGACAUGGACCGGGGAGUGCACCAGUUGGUACAAAAAUGGGACAGUAGAUGGCCCCGUCAUCGGACCAUGGUCAGGAUCUGUGAACCACUUUCUUGAAGUGUUGAGGCACCCUCGCUUCGAAGAUUUCAAGUACACGUACGACCCAAGGAAUUGA